UUGUCGAAACAGAUUUUCUAAGCUGGUGGGUCGCCCUGCGGCUCAGUGAGCACUUUAUUUUGGACCGGCCCACAUUGUCCACCUUCCUUUCUAUUGCAGUGACCACCCUGGCUAUGGUGGCACUCUUGCCGCACACCACCACCAUCUUCUUCUAUCUCCCCUUCCCUCCUUCUCCCUCUUCUACUUUCUGUCCUCGCCAGGGUUGCAUUAGGCUUGUUGGGUGCCACGGUAGGGUAUUUGUGGCGAGGACUGUCUUGGCGUGCAGUUGCCUGGCUUGUUUUGCCCUCGUCUAUGUCGUGAUUGAGGGGUUAAGUUUUUUAGGCCUUUUUAGGGGUUCUAGGCUACUUGAGUUUGUGCGCUGGAAGGAUCAGCGGCAAGGAAUUGAUUCAGAGUGUAGGGGCGGUAUUAGACGUGGGAAUAUUUGUGUGGAAGAGUUGGUUAGGCGCGCUUUGGUAUUAUUGUGGAGACACGGGCUCCGUAUUCGAACGUGGAGCUAGAGGAGGACGGAAGAGAAGGGGAUGUCGUGGGCAGGACUUGACAACUUUCCUGCCACCUCCCUCGCCGAUAAUCUCGACAAGAAGCUGCUAGUGAUACUGCGAGAUGGAAAGAAGAUAAUCGGCAUUCUCCGAUCUUUCGAUCAAUUUGCGAAUGUUGUCUUGGAGGGAGCACUUGAAAGGAUUACGGUUGGAGAGCUGUAUUGUGAUCUUCCUUUGGGUCUGUAUAUUAUCCGGGGAGAAAAUGUUGUUCUCAUCGGUGAAUUGGAUCUGGGGAGGGAGGAGUUGCCCUCUUUUAUGGUGCGUGUCACUCCAACAGAAAUAAAACAGGCACAGAAAGCAGAAAAAGACGCGACAGAGCUGAAGGGUACAAUGAGAAAGCGCAUGGAGUUUCUGGAUCUUGAGUGAUCUGUGAAGUUGUUGAGAAUUAUGGAGAUCUUCACUCUCCACCUUUAUGGAUGCUUACUAGCUUAUGUGACUUGAAAUGCAUUCGAGGGAGGAACACGCGCCGCCAGUGUGGCGAGUUUUAAGUGUCAUGCUGGCCCGCACAUUUUAUCGCGGAUUUGCGUCCCUAGUGGUGGUAUUUACUACAAAAUCUACCCUCUAGGAUGGCCUCUAUCCUCAUCUUAGUACUCCUGUUCUGUUCUUUCAGUGAUGGGCCUCUUGUAAUCCAUGCUCUGUGUCACAGUUUCUUCUACCUACUUUCAACGAAGUGAAUCGUUGGAAUCUGCAACGGUUGUUCCUAUGCACGUCUUAUUGUAAAACUUGCAUUCUAGGUUCGCUCUAAUCCCCAGUUAUUAUUCACUUGA